AACCCCUCCACUCCACGCCAACUUUUCAUCGUUCUCCCUUUCCUCUCCCAUUUUAAAUACUCCCUCCCCCGCUUUAAAAGAAAAACAAAAAACAUCAAAAAUCAAAAGCAAUGAGAAAAGAAGAAAAGGAACGAAUGAAAGAAGCUCCUCUCCUCCACCAAGCUUCUUCGCUCUCUCGCUUUCAUACGGAGCCAUUAUUAUGAUCAGUUCUCUCUCUCGCUCUCUUUCUCUCUCUCUCUCUCUCUCUCUCUCUCUCUCUCCUCAUUGCUCCCGCGUGAUAGCCAUUAGAUGUUUAAUUAACUCUACCCCGCUCGUAAGCUGUGAAAUGGUGAGGAAAUCCAUUGGAUACAAAGAGAGGAUGGAGGGGGGAGGAGGAGGAGGAGGAGGAGGAGAGGAGAAGUACGAGGUGCUGGAGCAGAUCGGGAGAGGAUCCUUCGGAGCCGCGUUUCUCGUGCUCCACAAGGCCGACCGCAAGAGGUAUGUGUUGAAGAGGAUACGAUUAACGAAGCAGACGGAGAAGUUCCAACGCACAGCGUAUCAGGAGAUGGCUCUGAUGGCGAGUCUAAUCAACCCCUACAUUGUGGAGUACAAGGACGGCUGGGUGGAGGAGGGCAAUUCGGUGUGUAUAGUCACAAGCUUUUGCGACGGGGGUGACAUUGCAGAGAAGAUAAAGAAGGCGAGAGGAGUACCCUUCUCUGAAGAGAGGGUCUGCAGAUGGCUGGCACAGCUACUUUUGGCCGUCGAUUACCUGCAUUCCAACCGAGUUCUGCAUCGCGAUCUCAAGUGCUCUAACAUAUUCUUAACAAAGGACGGCAAUAUUCGGCUUGGAGACUUUGGGCUCGCAAAAUUGCUCAACGCAGAAGACCUUACUUCUUCGGUUGUAGGAACUCCCAACUAUAUGUGCCCUGAGAUACUAGCUGACAUACCUUAUGGCUACAAAUCCGAUAUCUGGUCCCUGGGUUGCUGUAUGUUUGAGAUUAUGGCGCAUCGCCCUGCGUUCCGAGCUUCGGACAUAACAGGACUGGUUAACAAAAUAAACAGAUCUUCCAUUUCCCCCAUGCCCACCACAUACUCACCAGAAUUGAAGCAAUUGAUCAAAUGCAUGCUAAGAAAGAAUCCAGAGCACAGGCCCACUGCUGCAGAACUAUUGAGGCAACCCUAUCUGCAACCAUAUCUUUCGGAAUUAUGCAGUCCCUCUUCAUUCUACCUUCCGAUAAAGUCUACAAGCAAUACGUCACAAGAGAAACAGGAAAAGAAGCAACGAAGUAAAGCUCCCAAAAACACAAGAAAUGGUAAGAGAGGAGGAGACUCCAAAAAGCAGUCGCAAAGUUCAGAAGAAGCAAAAGAACGGGCUACGAUGACUCAAUCAGAUGCUUCUACCGAUGAAAUUCCAGAUAUAUACGCCGUUGACCACUCGAACAAUGAACAAGAUCAUACAGAGCAGCACCUCCAACCAAGAGAUAAGUUACUGAGUGAUAAAAGUACUGGAGAAGUAAAGAAAGCUCUAAGUAGCACUCUUUCAGUAAAGGUGGUUCCGAUUGACACAAUUGGAAUUCAAGAAGACAACAUGGCCGAAACAAGUGAGCAAUCAGUGAAGAGUGAAAAGGAAGCUGACCCAACAAUGACUGUUAGUAAACCUACCCCCCAAAGAACAAAAACUGACAUUGAUGAAGUGGGAAAGGUCGUAGAAGAAGCUUCAUCAAUGAGCACGUUAACACUAGCGCACGGAGAUACCACGCAGGUUGAGUGGGAUAGUUUGAACAUUGUGCAACAAAGAGCUGAUGCUUUGGAAUCUCUCCUCGAACUCUGUGCAAAGCUGCUAGAACAAGAGAGGCUCGAGGAACUUGCUGGUGUUUUAAAGCCAUUUGGUGAAGAAGCUGUAUCAUCUAGAGAAACAGCAAUCUGGUUGACAAAGAGUCUCAUGUCGGCACCCAGAUUUGCAGACGCUGACAAAUCUGCUAAGAUACGAAACAUGAGAAGAACCAAUACAAUGUUUCCAUGAUUGCUGGAGUUGUGCUAAGGGUUAAAAAUCAAAUAAACAAAUGCAAAGGAUGCUUUUUGUCUUAAUCCAUUGCAUUCGUGUGCGCGUGUGCAUGUGUGUCCUUCAUGGUAAUGUACUUUUGAUCAUAAAAUCAUAUAUGCAACAAGAAAAAUUCUUCAGAGAGCAA